CGUUUCCGCUCGGGCAGCGGGCUGAGUGAGCUGCCGCCGCCGCCGCCGCUGCCGGGGGAGGGGCGGCCGCCGCCCGCCUGCGCUCAGAGACUCACGCAGCCCCAGUCCCGCCAGUCCGCCAACACUGUAGUGCCGGCCCCCCUCUUUCCCUGGCCCUCCCCCCUCCCCGCCUUUGGCUCGCUCCGCCUUUCUGCCCCCCACCCCCACCUCACGGGUACGGGCCAUUCCCGGCCAGGAAACGCCGUGGCGCCGCGUUGGGCCUAACUCGAGUCCUGCCGCCUCCCGGGAGUGCCGUGCGCCGCAGCCCGGGCCCAGGCCCCGGUAGCGCCUGGGACAAGGUCUUCAGAACUACUAGCAGAUAAUUUGGGGGGACUUCAUAUUCAGAAGUCUAUAUAAAGGAUUCCUCAUGUCCAUAACAUGUUGGAUGACGCUCUGCAGCUCACCCCCACUCUCAGAGUGGUCAGUCUCCAUUAAUUGGACCCCGUGAUUUCCAAUCUCUGCUGUGUUGGACGUCAUGAGCAUUGCAAUCCCUCUGGGAGUCACCACACCAGAUACAUCCUACUCAGAUAUGGCUGCUGGAUCAGAAAAGGAAGUGGAAGCCCCCUACCUUUCAAGACGAAGUGGCACUACACCAGGAUGUGAAAGUCCAGCGAAAGAGACCCAAGGGGCCUAGGGGGCAGCACACCCCCAGAAGCCAAGUCUAUUCCAGGCAGUACCAGGGAUUAGGGUCUGGGCUGGAAAAAUCCUGGUGUUUUGAAUAUGUUCAGGUCCAGUUCAGACUCUUGAUCCCACAGCCACUUCUUGAGUGAGGUGGGUGUUGCUCUAAUUCCCCUGUUUCUCUUGCCAUUUUCACAGUCCCCGGGGAUGCGUCCCCCUUCAGCAAAGCAAAGCAACUGUACCAGAUUUCUGGGUUGAAUGGCAACCCUGAUUAAUAGUGGUUUUCUUCCUUAAAACAGUAUUAUUAAAGAUUGUGUAUAUUUCUUCAUAAAGCCACCUAAUAUAACUUACCUGUUGACUGAGUUCCUUAAAAAGGAAGACUUAAAGCUACCCUGAGAAAUAGUAUAUAAUAUUCUGGGGUAGUCUAAAACGGAAAGCAGCGUUUGGGCUUUUUCCCAUAUAAAAAGGAGAAAGGAGGGUUGGGAGUGGGGAAGGGUUGAUUUUGUUUCUUCUAGAGCUUUUUUCUUCUUUUGUUUUUUUUAUUUUGGUUUGGUUUGGGUUUUUUUGCAUGCAAAAGGUAUUUAGUUAUAUCAGUAACUGAGACUUACCAUUUUACAACUCUUUCCCCAAAUAAAGUAUUUAAAACUCUUCCUGCAUUAGUAGGUAGCCCAGUUGUAUUGUGUUUAUAGGUUUUUAUAAAGUCGGCUACUAACCUGGUACUAUGUAGGUUGUCUAACUAUGUAGAUAGAUAGCAUUAACAUUUGUGAGAAAUUUCAACAAAGAGGUUAAACCAGUAAGUUUGGAAUUAGUAGAUAAAAGACCCAGAGCAGUUAAUCUUACAAUUGGUGUUUUCCCCAAAGUAUAGACAUGACUGCCCGCAAAUACUGCUAGGGAGUCCAGGAGUAAUUUCAGAAAUAAAAAUACUUCUGGUCUACAAAUGUGACUGCACUGUCUCUGUUAACACCAGCGUAUUCUAGGAUUUCCUGAAACAUUUUCAUUCAUGAUCUCCAGACAGAUUUCUGAUACUGUAGUCGUAACUGGCUACAUAGUUACGCAUUUCUACAAAGGGAAAGAAUGUCAAUGACUAGCUACGUACCAUUCUGUUAAAUUAUUAAUAUUUAUUAAUGUUUCAUCAUGCCUAUUUCACUGUCCUGGGCACUUUAAGAUUAAACCUGGUAUUAAGUGCAGCAUACUUAACUAGACCUAGACUUCAUAGGAUUUUAAAUCCGAUGGCAACUAUAUGCAAUAUGCAUUUAUUUUUGUGUGUGUUUGUAGGAAAUUUUGUAGAUGUAACAAGUGAAGCAAAGAUUUUUCUGAAUUUCCAAUUCUGCCAUUACAGAAUUUCAGGCAUUUUCCAAGAAAUGGCAUGAUAGCAACUGGGUUGCAUGUUGUACUUAGAACACAGUUGAUGGAGUAUAUCUGUUGUGAGCCUGGUUUCUGUGUAUGUGUCCAAUUCAGUGAUAGGAGAAGAAAGGCUGUAAUUAGAUUUGCAUAAAGUGUUUGCCUGCUAAAGAGAUGUAAUUCCAUUCCAAAUUUUUAAUUCCUAUUUUUAAAUAUAAAAACUAGUAUAUAUAUCAAGGAAUGUUUUAGGAAACCUUAUAGUUACCUGUCAAUGUCUAACUAUGUAUUUAAUCAAUAACCAAUAUGGAAAUUGCAGAGUUUCUUCAUCAGAAGAGUUUAAAUUUUAGAUUUGGCAUGCACAGCAAUAUAUUCAAUGCUGUGCUUAACUAGAAAGUAUUAUGCAAUACGAUGGCCUUUUAACCUCCACAAUAUACAUUUUAUUUUUAUUCCCUAGACUUGCACAUGAAGUGCAUAUGUUCAUAUUUACCCGUUUGGAGAUGGGUAAGAUACAACCAGCAUAGCUCCAUCUCCAUGGCCAUCUUUGAUUUCAUGCAACUUUCCUUUUUCCUGUCCCCACCCCCCAAAAAAAAUCCAUUCCUAAUAAACAGCUGUCAUGUUUCACUCCAUGUGUUCAGUGGUACAAAAUCUAUAUAAAAUAUAUACAGCUUUUGGAAUACUUGUUUAAUAAUGUACCUAGUAAAUUAACAAUGUUGUAUAAAUUUAUUACUUUCUUUUAACUGUCCAUCAUAGAAACUAAAUUAUACCUUCAUUUUAUUAUUGCUUGUCUGCCUUUGGUUUCAUUUAGGAAACCCCACCUGUUUCCUAAUACUCAGAGAUGAUUGCCUCUCAGUGAGCCAUGUUCAGAUCAUCUUUUUCUCAAGAAUACUGACCUGCAUUCUUGAUGUACCCCUCCCCCUGUUCCCAUCUUGCAGACACUUUUAAGUAAUAAAAUGCAUGCACCUCACUAACAGAGAAUACUUUCCUCUGUCUAAAGUUCUUCUUCACCUAGAAAUUUCCUUUGCUGUUAUUAAUAAGAUCCCUUCUCACAGUUUUGGAGCAUAUAACUGGGUGAGUUGGAUACACAUCUCAGAAUUUUCUUUGAUCCCUCACUUCUCAAUUGACAUUACCACAUUGAACUGCACACUUACUUAUUCCUGCCAUACUAUAUAUUGUAUAUCUCUAAGCAGGAAAAAAUGUCUGUUAUUUCAAGCAAACAAUAUGCAUUAUUUGACUCCCUGAAAGACCCAUUAAUCUCUAAGUUUGUGUUAUGUCAAUCAUCGGAGUUUCUAAUUUGUGAAUCUGUGUUCUAAUUAAUAUAAAUUACAAAUUACUAUUCUAUUCUGCAAAGCUGUACAAACUUUUUAUUUUUGAAUUAUCCUUCAGUAUUCCCUAAAACCUAACCAGGUAACAAUCAAAGUUGAAGUUCUUGCUUCCCAUAAACCUGAAUAUUAUCCUUUGCCAUCAAAGCCUUUUUAUUGUAAAGGCUUAUGUUAAUUUUCUAAGUUUGAAUACAUGUAUAAUUCUACAAUAAUACAUUGUGCUUGAAUAGUUUAUUUUCUACUCCCAAAGGGUACAAAAAGAUACUAAACCAAGCUUCUCACUAAGCCUGGUUAAUAAAGGUCUCAAAUAAUUUUCUUUAAAGGACUAAAUGUCAUCCUCGUUUCUAUAGCGGAAAGAGCAUAGACUUUAGAGUCAGACAGACUUUGUUUCAAAUCUUAGCUGUGUCAAUAUGUAACCUUGGGGAAGUCAUGUAAUCUCACCACCACAUCUUCCCCCUCUGUAAAAAUGGGGUAUAUACCAUGUUUAGUGGUUGCUGAAAUUGAAUUAAUAGAUAUAUAAAGCACCUAACAAAUAAUGGGCAGUUCACAAUGGUGGCCAUUACUGUUGUUAUUAUUUGUCACUAGACUAACAUAACUUUCCAGUUUAGUUUUUAUUUUGAAGUUCUAUGGUAUUAUCAUGCAGCUGAUAAAUAAUUUUGUCCUUAAUAUGCUUGCAUGUCAUUGGUGGAUGAGAAAUUAUUACUCUAAUAUUUGAAAGGUGUUGGGGGUUCGUCAAGAUGAGAGGUAUGAUAAAUAUAAGAUGCCAUUGUUUUUACCUGUACUUUCUUCAGGGUAUCCUGUCUUGGUAGUGAAUGGAAGAGGGCCUGGUCCCUGGGGCAGUGCAGAAGGCACUUUCAUCAUCUCACUCACUGCAAAUGUCAUGUGAGGUUUCAUGGAAGUAUUAAGAGAUCCAAUUAAGAAGAAUAGUUCUGAGUCUAAACCAGCCCAGAGUGGCUUCUCUAGGGGAAACUCCCCGCUCAGCUGCCCUGAAUCUGUGGAGGCUAGUCCAGCAGUUAAUGAGAAGAGCGUGUAUUCCACUCAUAAUUAUGGGACCACUCAGAGGCAUGGGUGUCGAGGACUGCCUUAUGCUGAUCAUAAUUACGGAGCCCCUCCUCCUCCGACACCUCCUGCUUCUCCCCCUGUCCAGACGAUCAUCCCUCGUUCUGACCUGAAUGGCCUGCCGUCGCCCGUAGAGGAACGCUGUGGAGACAGCCCGAACUCUGAAGGAGAGACUGUACCUACCUGGUGUCCUUGUGGUCUUUCUCAGGAUGGCUUCCUUCUCAACUGUGACAAGUGCAGGGGAAUGAGCAGGGGGAAGGUUAUUAGACUUCAUCGGCGGAAGCAGGACAACAUAUCAGGUGGGGAUAGCAGUGCAACAGAAAGCUGGGAUGAGGAGCUUUCUCCUUCCACUGUGUUGUAUACGGCAACACAGCACACACCUACAAGCAUCACCUUAACUGUUAGAAGAACCAAACCCAAGAAGCGGAAAAAGAGUCCAGAAAAGGGUCGUGCAGCACCAAAGACGAAGAAAAUCAAGGCAUUUCGAGAGGGAUCCCGGAAGUCCUUGCGGAUGAAGAAUUCUCCCUCUGAAGCACAGAAUUUAGAUGAGAAUACAACUGAGGGCUGGGAAAAUCGGAUAAGACUAUGGACUGACCAGUAUGAAGAAGCUUUCACUAAUCAGUACAGUGCAGAUGUACAGAACGCCCUUGAACAACACCUACAUUCUAGCAAGGAAUUUGUGGGCAAACCUACUAUUUUAGACACUAUUAAUAAGACUGAAUUGGCCUGUAAUAACACAGUUAUUGGUUCCCAAAUGCAGUUACAGCUGGGAAGAGUCACUCGUGUUCAAAAGCACCGGAAGAUCCUGAGGGCUGCAAGAGAUUUGGCUUUGGACACUCUUAUAAUAGAGUAUCGUGGGAAAGUCAUGCUACGACAGCAAUUUGAGGUCAAUGGGCAUUUCUUCAAAAAACCAUACCCCUUUGUGCUCUUCUACUCAAAAUUCAAUGGUGUAGAGAUGUGUGUGGAUGCCCGUACUUUCGGUAAUGAUGCUCGGUUCAUCAGAAGAUCAUGUACACCAAAUGCAGAGGUGCGACACAUGAUUGCAGAUGGGAUGAUUCACCUGUGCAUCUAUGCUGUGUCUGCCAUCACCAAGGAUGCUGAGGUCACCAUAGCAUUUGAUUAUGAGUAUAGUAACUGUAAUUAUAAAGUGGACUGUGCCUGUCACAAGGGAAACCGGAAUUGUCCUAUACAAAAAAGGAAUCCUAAUGCUACAGAACUGCCACUCCCACCACCUCCUCCAAGCCUACCCACCAUUGGAGCAGAGACUAGACGUAGAAAAGCACGACGGAAAGAGCUAGAGAUGGAGCAGCAGAAUGAGGCUCCAGAGGAGAAUAAUGACCAGCAAUCACAAGAAGUUCCAGAAAAAGUAACUGUAUCCAGUGAUCAUGAGGAAGUAGACAAUCCAGAAGAAAAACCAGAAGAAGAGAAAGAAGAGGUUAUAGAUGACCAGGAGAACCUAGCUCAUAGCAGGAGGACCAGGGAAGAUAGAAAAGUAGAAGCCAUCAUGCAUGCUUUUGAAAACUUAGAGAAAAGAAAGAAGCGGCGAGAUCAGCCUUUGGAACAGAGCAACUCUGAUGUAGAGAUUAAUACAACCACUUCAGAGACUCCUGUUGGUGAAGAAACAAAAACUGAAGCCCCUGAAUCUGAAGUUAGCAACUCUGCUUCAAAUGUUACCAUCCCAAGCACCCCACAGAGUGUUGGUGUGAAUACCCGGAGGUCUUCCCAAGCAGGGGAUAUUGCUGCAGAAAAACCAGUCCCCAAGCCACCUCCAGCAAAGCCUUCUAGGCCCCGGCCGAAGAGUCGAAUUUCUCGGUACAGGACCAGUUCAGCCCAAAGACUAAAGCGUCAGAAACAGGCCAAUGCACAGCAGGCAGAAUUGUCACAAGCUGCCUUAGAAGAGGGAGGAAGUAACAGUUUAGUAACUCCUACUGAAGCUGGAAGUAUAGACAGUUCAGGAGAAAACAGGCCAUUAACAGGGUCUGACCCAACUGUGGUGUCAAUUACUGGAUCCCAUGUCAACCGUGCUGCAUCUAAAUACCCCAAAACCAAAAAGUAUCUAGUUACAGAAUGGUUGAAUGACAAAGCAGAGAAGCAAGAGUGCCCCGUUGAGUGCCCUUUACGUAUCACGACGGAUCCAACUGUACUGGCAACGACCCUAAACAUGUUACCAGGUCUUAUCCAUUCCCCAUUAAUUUGCACCACCCCCAAACACUACAUUCGCUUUGGCUCACCCUUUAUCCCUGAGAGACGUCGAAGGCCCCUUCUGCCUGAUGGCACAUUCAGCUCCUGUAAGAAGCGCUGGAUAAAACAAGCCUUAGAAGAAGGAAUGACUCAAACAUCAUCUGUACCCCAAGAGACUAGAACUCAGCACCUAUACCAAAGUAAUGAGAAUAGUAGCUCUUCCAGUAUCUGCAAAGACAACGCAGACUUGUUGAGCCCAUUAAAGAAAUGGAAGUCUCGCUAUCUGAUGGAGCAGAAUGUCACCAAGUUACUUCGGCCUCUGUCUCCAGUCACACCACCCCCUCCCAAUUCAGGCUCAAAGAGCCCCCAGCUGGCCACGCCUGGCUCAUCUCACCCAGGAGAAGAGGAGUGUCGAAAUGGAUACAGCCUCAUGUUUUCACCAGUCACAUCUCUUACUACUGCUAGUCGCUGCAACACUCCUCUGCAGUUUGAGAACAUAUCCUCCCCUGAGAGUUCCCCUGCGCAUAGGCCCGAGUCCCUGUCACCCGAGCUUUGUCACCGAAAAGACCUGGAUUUGGCAAAAGUAGGAUACCUUGACUCCAACACUAACAGCUGUGCUGAUAGACCUUCCCUACUCAACUCUGGUCAUUCUGACCUGGCUCCUCAUCCCUCCAUCGGACCCACUUCUGAGACUGGUUUCCCAAGCAGAAGUGGAGAUGGACAUCAGACCCUCGUGAGAAACUCAGACCAGGCAUUUCGGACAGAGUUCAACUUGAUGUAUGCCUACUCCCCUUUGAACGCUAUGCCUCGAGCAGAUGGACUGUAUCGAGGUUCUCCUCUAGUCGGGGAUAGGAAGCCUUUACAUUUGGAUGGGGGAUAUUGUUCGCCUGCAGAAGGAUUUUCCAGCAGAUAUGAACAUGGCUUAAUGAAAGACCUCUCUCGUGGAUCCUUGUCACCUGGUGGGGAAAGGGCCUGUGAAGGAGUCCCAUCUGCCCCCCAGAACCCACCACAGAGGAAAAAAGUAUCCCUGCUGGAGUACCGAAAACGGAAACAAGAAGCUAAGGAAAAUUCUGCUGGUGGGGGAGGUGACUCUGCCCAGAGCAAAAGCAAGUCUGCAGGAGCUGGGCAAGGCAGCAGUAACUCCGUUUCUGACACUGGUGCCCAUGGUGUGCAGGGAUCCUCAGCCCGAACCCCAUCUUCCCCUCACAAAAAAUUCUCCCCAUCUCAUUCCUCUAUGUCCCAUUUGGAGGCGGUAAGCCCAUCAGAUUCCAGAGGCACUUCUUCAUCUCACUGCAGACCUCAAGAGAAUAUCAGCAGUAGGUGGAUGGUUCCCACAUCAGUAGAACGACUUCGAGAAGGAGGAAGCAUCCCCAAGGUCCUCCGAAGCAGUGUGAGGGUGGCCCAAAAGGGAGAGCCCUCUCCCACGUGGGAGAGUAACAUCACAGAGAAAGACUCAGACCCUGCAGAUGGAGAAGGUCCAGAGACAUUGAGCUCAGCACUCUCUAAAGGAGCAACUGUUUACAGCCCUUCCAGAUACAGCUACCAGCUCCUGCAGUGUGAUAGUCCUCGGACAGAAUCACAAAGCCUCCUUCAGCAGAGUUCCUCCCCCUUCAGAGGACAUCCUACACAAUCUCCAGGAUACAGUUAUCGAACUACUGCACUGAGACCUGGAAACCCCCCCUCUCACGGUUCUUCAGAAUCAUCCCUCUCUUCUACGUCCUAUUCCAGCCCGGCCCACCCUGCGUCCACAGACUCGUUGGCCCCAUUUACGGGGACACCAGGGUAUUUUAGCAGCCAGCCACAUUCUGGAAACAGCACUGGCAGCAAUCUUCCAAGGAGGAGCUGCCCUUCUAGUGCUGCUAGCCCUACCCUGCAGGGACCCUCAGACUCGCCAACCUCAGACUCGGUUUCUCAGUCCAGCACAGGAACUCUGAGUUCCACCUCCUUUCCUCAGAACUCUAGGUCAUCAUUGCCAUCAGACUUACGGACUAUCAGUCUGCCCAGUGCUGGGCAGUCAGCUGUCUACCAGGCCUCCAGGGUAUCUGCGGUUUCCAAUUCACAGCACUACCCACACCGUGGGAGUGGGGGUGUGCACCAGUACCGACUCCAGCCACUGCAAGGGUCAGGAGUCAAGACUCAGACAGGACUUUCCUAGGGCUUCUGGAUUUGGGCAAACAGAACUGAAUGAGCCCAUAGCUGCUUCCUUCCAGCUGCCUCUGGAACCUAGGCCGAGCAUAUUGCUGGGGAAGGGGGGGUACAAGGUGCCAGAGGAUUGGGUCUGGUGGACAAGAAACAAGACUUGUGGUCACAAUUGGCCUCUGGCCUUGGAGAAAGAUGUAAAUCUUGUCUGAAGCAGAGACUAUAAAGAAGUUUCUCCCUGCUGUCAAGGGUACAUUGUUGACAAGCAAAUGGUGUUUCAGUUAGUAACGGUUCUAAGUGCAAUGAGUUGUGUUGAAGCCUCCGUCUCCCAUCCUUGCCUGUAGCCUGUAGUCACUUGUGCAGUGAGGACAUCUUUUUAAAUUUAAAAAAAAAAAAAAAAAAAAAAAGUUUUCAAAGGAAAAAAAAGUGAAAAGAGCCAAUCUCAAAAGCCCCAAGCCAUCUGAGUACUGUUAGGGUUUUAUGCACUUAAGAAAAAAGGUAGGUAUAUGAAUGUUCAUCCUAAGACAACCAUUCCAAAAGCAGGUAUCUGGCCAAUGUGUGUCCACCAAGAAUACUGCCUAUCUUUGUCUUAAGAUCACCAAGAAAUAGGCAAGGAUAGUAAAGCUUGGAACCUGCACCGACUGGAGGGUGCCUGGCUCUUUGAAGAAACGCUCAUGGUCAGCUCUUGAUUAUUCGGGAGCAGAUUAUCUGAGUAGAUUGAGCCUCCAACUGUUGCUAUCCUACUCCCCCUUCCCAAGCUAUUUCACAGCUCAGUAACCCAUGAAGUAAGUAGACAAGGAAAAGAGGAAUGAGACAGGAUAUAGGCCAAUUGCAUUGCUACUUACCAGCUUUUGGCAAUAAAUUUGAUUAGGAAGGAUACGGAGUGGUUUGGGAAUGCUUCGAAUUUUAUUUUUUCUACUCCCAAUUAAUCAGGAGUUGAUGAUCCCACGAGCAGGACCGCCUCCAUGAUUGGGGAGCAUGCACUUGUGACUGCAGGGUAAGAGUGAGAAGAUAGGUUUGUGGAGUGGCACCGACAGGACUGUGAUUGUGUGUGGGCCUGCCCCACAUUUCUUUGGGGGAUGCUUAUGUGAGAGUGGGCCCAGUGAAAGAGUUACCAAGCCACCCACACCCCUAACACUGUUCUGGAUGAGAGAUGAGAGCAGACCGGCUUCUCCCCAUCAGUGCAUUGUGCCUGUUGUACACCCCUGGAGGAGCCCUGGAGCCAGCCCAGGUGGGGUACACAAUCUUUUUAAAUUCCAUAUGGUUGCCAGCUUAUUUCUUUCACUUGUUUACUGUAAUAUCUGGCGUGUUUUUAUUUAUCUAAUUUUGUAUUCAGUUAUAACCAUGGUAGGGGUAGUGAAUAUAUGACAGGUGUAAUCCCUGGUGCUGCAGUGGACCUUCUUUUCUUUUGGACAAGAUAAUACUGUGAGUUUCCCUCCUUCCUUCCCUCUAAUUUGUUUUCCUUUUCUCCCCCAGCCUCUUGCAUCCCCUUCUUUUCUACCCUGUCCUACAACUAUCAUAUGCACAGUCUUCUCUCUUUGUGUGUGACUGUUACAAAAUUUCACUUUUCAAAAUCGAAAUCAGGUGUUUGCUCAAAUGAGGGGAGAUUUUUUUUUUUUUUUUUUUUUAAAUGCUGAGACCUCAGCAGAGUACUUUUCUUUUUGUUGUUUCCCCCACAAACCCAUCAGUCUGGGAGAGCAUUGGGAGUGGAAAUCAUGUUGCCUGGGAUGCUGGUUUCUUUGUAUAUUAUAUAAAACGUAUGUAAAUGUCUCUCCAUUUGGGCUGGGGUUUGCAUUCUCCCCUUGGCUAUUAACCGAGGGGAGAGGCCAGCGGGCAGGCGGCCCUCACCCUGCCUGGCACGUGCAGAGACCCCAGCCACUCUGUGUGGGCAGGGUGCUGUCAAGACCAGACCUCUUGGGGGGGUAGGGGCGGGGGGGUGGGGGGAACUCUUGGAAGGGAAGAAGUAUCACUUCUUUCUCAAGUGGAGUGUUUACACCUUGCUGUAACAUUUGAACUUUCACAAGAGAUGUAAUAAUUUUGAUAAUAAAAUUCUUAACCAUAAUAA